GUUCACCUUAGUUUAUUGAAUUGAACAGUCGAAAGGAUAUUUCGAGCGUUAGUCCCAGUAAUAUUAGUGGUGAGCAAUAAUGCAGCUCACCUGGUCACGUUUACUAACCGUGUCGCUACUGAUCGCGGCACUCACUCUGGAAACAGCCGCUUCACGAGCAUCUUACCGCGGAGCUAAUAACAAUCAAUAUAAAAUAUUUCGCAAACAUCGUCGCUCUGUGGCUAGAGACGAGGACGUUUUGCCUUCCGGUCGAUUUAUAACACAAAAUUAUUGGAACAGUUUGAAGGGUCAACAGACAAACAGUACAUGUGAAGAAACUACCGAGGAAAUCCCAAUUUAUAUUGAUAUUGAACCUGAUAGUUAUUUUGAUGAUUAUGAUUACACUUCAACUCCAAUUAGACAACUAGACGUUUCAACUUUCUCAGAGCCAGAAACGAAACCUACAACUACGCCUGCGCCAGUAACAUCAACCACGCCUGCACCGCCGCAUAAUCCAGUGAUUAUUGGAUUCUAUGACAAUUAUGAAUAUGAUGAGGACGAUUAUGACAGCACCAACGACAAUUACAGUAGUUAUAGUGAUGAUGUAGAUGAUAACGAUGCAGAUGUUGUUAGCGGAGAUGACGAUGAUGAUCUUACAGUGGUCAAUUCAAAGCAACGUGGGUUCGGCAACGGUCUCGAAAACUCGGUUAGUCAGCCUGAGGCCGACAAUGCUAAUAUCGGCAAAGCAGCACGACAACAAUCAUUGUCGGAUUAUCAACGACGACGAAAUCGUCAACGACGCCGUCGUAUACAGCGUCGACGCGUACCUGCCCGAAGGCGUAGACGUAGAAAUCAACGCCGCCGGCCACAAAGACUACGCCUACGACGUAGACCGAACCGUAUUCGUCAACAAGUUGUUGUGCGAAGGCGCCGCACCAGAACUGGUGGACGUCCAAGUGGCCCAAGUAUACCUCUACCAAAUCUACCAAACUUUAUUCGAUUACCUGCAAAGAAGUGAAGAAAAUAUGUAAUCCUGAUAGAUGUGGAAAACGAU